AUGUCGGAGGAAUUGCAUCCUUGCUCCACAAAAGAAAGUUCCAAGAUGAAGAAGCGAUCCAAGGCCUGCCCCGAGACCAUUCCACUGUCCUCUCCCACAGGCGGCAGUGGUGUUCAGGUUGACCAUGACUUCCAAAAGGUGUCUUACAAAUCGUUCAAUGGAAACGGCCACGCUACGGACAGUCCAGCCGCAGAAACUAAAGAGCGAAGUGUGCGAGACGAGAGCCACAAAAAUACUAUGUGGGUUUUGGACACGAGCAGUCAGGCAGAGGAAAACUCAACAGACCCCCCUGAGACCAUGACGGAGACUUCCACGCUGACUUUUGUGGAUAACCAGAUUUUAGAGGAGAGCGUUCCGUGCGCUGGAGGAGUUUAUAUGAAGGAGUUUGUGUUGAUCGAUGAUGAGGAUGAUGGGGACAUGUCGCUGAGGGAGAAGACCGUCACCGAUAUCUCAGCCAUGGACGGCAGGGCGGCUGAACUGGUGUGCGGCCGAAUACUGUCAACCUCCAGCGGCUCCUUAACCGAGUCCAAAGACGAAACGCCGGUGGUGACAUGA